AUCGACAUGUCCUUCCUUUCACUUUCACCCAUCUUCUCUGAACAGGUUUGCGCUUGCUCAGGUGUUAGGGCAUUACAUUUGGUGUCAGGUUGUGUUCAGUGGUGUAAUGUUAUAAUCUAAUGGUGUAUUAAUAUUGCUGAAUGUUAAUAAUUAAGAGCUCUAAUGGACUACCAACACAUCCUGGUCUGUUUCAUGUUCACUUGCAGUUUAGGUUCUGCACGGGAUGUGAAAUAUGUACUGAAGGGUCAGGAGAUAACCCUGGGACUUUCAACUUAUCGACAGCCAACUGAAAUAUACUGGAUAUAUGAGGUCAACGACAUUGUAUUUUUUGAUGGCAAAAUGGAGACUGUGGAGGACCCAUACAAGAACAGAAUAACUCUCAACAAGAACUCUGCAGUACUCACCAUCAAAAAUGCCACAUAUGAAGACAGUGGAAACUAUGACCAGGAAGUCAGAAUAAACACGAAGCUCUAUCACAAUGCGUAUGAAAUCGAGGUUAUAGACAAAGUAUCCAAACCCAAAAUAAGGUGUAAGAUGAUUGACAGAUACCAGGCGACGCUCGUGUGCUCAACAGAGUCCAAACAUUCUCAUUUAUUAAAGUUCAAGUGGAGAUCAGAUGGAAAUGAGCAAACUGGACCAAAUUUAACAAUAACUCUCAAGAAGUUUCUUAAUCAUGAAGUUUAUAUGUGUGAUGUCGGCAACCCUCUGACCAAUGAAAUUGCUGCAUUCACUGUCAAGGACUGCUUAUCUGGUGGUAUAACUGUUGCUGAAAAGGUUGUCAUCUUCCUUUCCAUCAUUGCAGUUGUGUUAAUUGGGGUCUUCAUCUUUUGGGGAUGGAAAUUCUACAAAAAACGUCAAGUUGCAGAACGUCGUAAAAGAGAUGAACGCAGAAAAGAAGUACUUCUCUAUGAAUGGUCUAUAUCCUCACUAAACAGAAAGGAAAUAAUGGAGAUAUACAACAUCAGCAAUCCUAACGACUUCUGGUUUUUGGGCUCACAUGAUAAAUUGAAGGAAUAUGGUAUUACAAUUACUGCCUGCAAGGACAUAUUCAGUGAACGCAUAUUGUGGAUGAAAGCAGACAAUGCCAACAGUGAUCCUGCAGUAUUUCUGAACCACUUCCUGGACACAGUGACUCGUAUUGGAGGUUGUCCACGGCAACUGAUAGCCAAACCAAGUUUGCACCACAUCACAAAAACGCAAACUUUCCUGCGUAGGAAUCAUACAGACUAUUCUAAUGAGUAUCAAAGUGUGAUUUCUACAUCUAACUCUACCAGUCACACAUGGUUACACGUAUGGACGUAUUGGAAGUACUGUUUUGAAACUCUCAGGGACUCAGGACUUUUCACAGGAAACGAUUUGGACAAGAACCUCGUACAGUUCUGCUUCUUCAACAUCAUCCAGGAUCAGCUGGAUGAGUUUGUUAGAAGUAACAAUAGGACCCAAAGUGAAUCAGCAGAGGACCACAUCUAUACUGUUCUACCAGAGGAUAUUGAUGUUUACAAGACGCAGUGUACCCCAAGAGGGCGGUACCCCUGUGAUGAAACACUUUACAAGCGCUUUGAACGCAUUAUGACUGAAAAUGGUUGGAAUGUUCCAGCGGAUGAAAUCAAAGCUCUCGAGAUAUAUGCCAAAUUAAGAAAGAAGAUGCAGGAAAACAACGAAGCUGUGAUUGAAACAUGUAUAGAUGAAGAACAAGAGGUGGCAGGUUUGUUAAAAUGACAAUGUUGUGAACUUGCCCCCUCCUGUCGCUUUUGGUUGCGCAGAUGAACUGUCUAAUCAAAACUUUGUUUCUUGUUUUAGCGAAGCAGUACCAACAAAGUGUAAGAAAAUAUCAACUCUUUAGUGUUCAAACGGCGUAUAGCUCAAACCUACACACACGCACACUCCAACUACCGUUGUAGUCUAGGUACCAUUAGAGAAAUAGCUACUAAAUGAAUUAGACCACGGGUCCCCAAACUACGGCCGGCCAGCGUCCAAAAUCCGGCCCGCGGGAAAUCCCAAGUAAAAAAAAUAUAUAUAUAUUUUUUUGAAUUAUUAUUUUUUUAAAUCCGUCCUUUCUAAUCCAUUUUCUACCGCUUGUUACUCUCAGUGUCUCCCAGCCGCUCAGGCAAAUCAUAUUGUCUAAAAAUUCAUUUUCCCAUCGAUGACGUGACAGCAUUGCGCUCGGAAUAUAUACACACACAUAUAUAUAUAUAUAUAUAUACAUAUCUAUAUAUACAUAGAUUAUGUAUAUACGUAUAUAGCCCGGCCCCCGGCCAAUUUUUUUUUAACCCAAUGCGGCCCCCCGAGUCGAAAAGUUUGGGGACCCCUGAAUUAGACCUUACUCACUAGUACACUAGUAAAUGAGAAGAUUUUUGCAAACAGUCGCCUUUAAAGGUGAACAGGCAAAUUGGGAACAGGUGGGUGCCAUAAUUGGGUACAAAAGUAGAUUCCAUGAAAUGCUCAGUCAUUCACAAACAAGGAUGGGGCGAGGGUCACCACUUGGUCAACAAAUGCGUGAGCAAAUUGUUGAACAGUUUAACCUUCGUCUUGUGUUAGGGUCGGCACCGACCCGUUUUAGUUUUUGAAUGCAUAAAAGAACCACACAAAUUUAUUUUUUUGCAUCAAGGCUUUUUGACUUUGUCAGGUACCUCUAUUUCAACAAAAUAAAACUUUUUUUUUUUCUUUCACUAAAUUAUAAAAUGCUCUAGUUGAAAUUAUUACAUUGGUGGUGUUAGGGUCGGUUUCGACCCAGUUAUAAAAAUAAGAUAAUAAAACAAUAAUUAGAGCCAAAACUGAACACACUGACAGCCAGCUCCUCUACCAAUCAUGUGAGCUUUAGGGGAUUCUCAUUUUACCUUGUUAUCCAGUACUAAAACAUGACAUGUGAGGUCAAUUCAGUAUAGAGUUGGUGACUUGCCGAGUGCACAUCUCCAAUUUGCAGCAUGCAAAAAUGAAAAAAAGAUUUACCGUACAGUGAGAAGUUCUGGAUAAUAUUUUUGGUGAAAUGAGGGAGAGGACACAGAGCAGCAUAGUGAUACGGAUGAACAGGUUUCUGAGGAGGAAGACAAUGUGCCGAGUAUCAUCCAGAAGACACUGACACACCUUCACCAAAAUUGAUUCCCGGGCGUGGCACCGCUGCUACUCACUGCUCCCCUCACCUCCCAGGGGGUGAACAAGGGGAUGGGUCAAAUGCAGAGGACAAAUUUCACCACACCUAGUGUGUGUGUGACAAUCAUCGGUACUUUAGAUCGGUAGGUUGUGAGUUCAAACCCCGGCCAAGUCAUACCAAAGACUAUAAAAUGGGACCCAUUACCUCCCUGCUUGGCACUCAGCAUCAAGGGUUGGAAUUGGGGGUUAAUCACCAAAAAUGAUUCCCGGGCGUGGCCACCGCUGCUGCUCACUGCUCCCCUCACCUCCCAGGGGGUGAUCAAGGGUGAUGGGUCAAAUGCAGAGAAUAAUUUCAACACACCUCGUGUGUGUGUGACAAUCAUUGGUACUUUAACUUUAACUUAACUUAACUUGAUUUGCUUGAUUGGUUGUUGUUUGUUUGACCUUGCAAAUCUAUAUUUUGUGUUAUGACUUGUUCUGCUUUUCAUUUUGUGUUUGUAUUAAAGUUCUGUUGCUGAAAAAAAAACACUUUUUAGCCUUUUUCUUGAAGUAAAUAUAUAUGGGUCGAAAUUUACCCGUAGCACCAUAGAUGUUACUAUAGUUAAAAUUAUUAAAAUGAAAAAAUAAAUUCAACAAAUGUAUUCAAGAGAUGUGUUCUAAUACCCCUCAGUAAUAGUCAGGUAACACAACAACCUUUUAUUUAUUUAUACAAUUCUCUUGAGGUUCAUUUUACAAUUUUUUAAAAUUGAAAUCGAGGGGUAUACUGACAAAAAAAAAGGCCCAAUGGCCCACACCAAAAAUAUUAAAACCAAUAUUUUCAUGGAUAAGGAAGCCUAACAAGGUAACCAAGAGAUGAGAAACAAAUUUGAUGAUAGAUAAUUGUUUUUAGUGUAUUUUACUGGCUGAUUUAAGACAUGGGUCAAAACCGACCCGUUAACAUAAGAGAUGGUAACAGAAAGCUAACACAAGAGGAAGGUUAAGAAAAACCUUUCUCAACCAGCUAUAGCAAGGAAUUUAGGGAUUUCACCAUCUAUGGUCCGUAAUACCAUCAAAGGGUUCAGAGAAUCUGGAGAAAUCACUGCACGUAAGCAGCUAAGCCCGUGACCUUCGAUCCCUCAGGCUGCACUGCAUCAACAAGCGACAUCAGUGUGUAAAGGAUAUCACCACAUGGGCUCAGGAACACUUGA